UAACUCGCUAUUUAAAGAUGAUCAUGAUUCAAAUAUUACAGUUGAAAAGUUAUUUUGUAAGCGUGCACAUAAAUCGUUGAAAAAAUGAAGGUAUUUUUCUUGCUCAGCGCCAUUGCGUUUGUUCAGGUAUAUUCAAGUGAAAAGACGGUCUUUGACAUAUUUGAAACUUUACGAACUGUUCCUGAUUUGGAUGCAAAAAAGCUGAAUGAUUUGACUGAAGUGUUUAAGAAAAUGAAAUCUCCGAAUUUGACCGAAUUAGAAAGAGUUUCAUAUUUUGCGACCGUAUUGACGUUAUCAGUUAGAGAUGAUAUGUAUAAAACAAGCGAAACUGCUGUCACCCUAUUUGACAAGUAUCAUGAGAGGGCUGUUGAACUUAAAUCGUCUGGAAGGAAUAUGACAUUGGAAGAGACACCGCUUUUGUUAUCCGAUGAACUGUCUGUGUUGAAAGUUGAAGAAGCAAUAAACAAUGCAUCGGCUGGACUAUCCGAUGAGCCCGCUGGACGAAAAGUGGUUGACUAUGUAACAGCCAUAUUUCAUAAUGCGUUAGGGGUUUCAAAACGUUUAGUUUGUGACACAGCAUUUGCCACGGAUAUUUGCAAAAACUACGCGAAAUAGCAUACAUGCGAUAAUUUUCAUUGUUUUAAAUUGAUAUUGUAUUGAAAUUUAAUUUUAUUUUAACGAUAAAUAAAAGAAAACAAACCGAGAUCAAGA